AUGGAGCUUGGGUAUGAUGAUCAAAAGCAACUCUUGGACAUGCAGCCAGAGGAAAUUAUUGAUGUUUUGAAAGAAGUUGUGCUGUAUGACAAGUCGGGUCAUCAGUGCCAUCGAAAACAAUUUGUAUCUGGCACUAUCUGCAAUAGAAAUUUUGAGUUCGAAGACCAAACAUGGAGUACAGGAUAAAGUCAAGACACGGCAAGCCAGUGUACUACACCAAUGUCGAGUGUUUCCCACAAAUAUGUUACAACUUGUAAGUAUAUAUAUUUUAACAUGUUUUGCCUGGCGGAUAUUAAAAACAAAGAUAAUUUUGGAAAAACCGUAGGGCCAGCACCAGCCAAAGAUUUGUGGAUUCCAAAUCCUGGAAAGCCAAUGAACUCAAAUUUUACGACAACAAAUUGAAUGGACAACUGUCACACAACAAUCAUUGCUAAUUGCAAUUUAUUAACUGCAGGAACAUUUCCUCCAAAAGUGAUGCAGAGAAAUAAUGCAAGAGAAAACGCAAGAGCGUGUGAUGUCACAAAGAUUAUUACAAGUGGCAGAAUCAAGUACGAGUCUCUGGAGAAUGGUGCUGAAAAAAUCUCUCAAGUAGAU